GUGAUCAACGGGGCUCCUUUUCCCAUUGGCGCUGGGCCGGCGACGUCAUCAAUCCCGUCCGGAAGGCGGAAGUGAAGAGGCGGCUUCCGGCGCGGCGUCGCUCACAGCCCGAGCGGUGCUUGGCUGCGGUUGGGGUCGUUGCAGGAGGAGGAGCCGGCAGAUUCUGUCAGAGGAUUGGAAAGAACCAUGGUGUGCAUUCCUUGUAUUGUCAUUCCAGUUCUGCUCUGGGUCUAUAAGAAAUUCCUUGAGCCAUAUGUCUACCCUAUAAUUUCACCUUUUAUUAAGCGCAUAUGGCCUAGGAAAUCUGUGCAGGGAACACUGGCCACCAAACAAGGCCAAGGAGACAGUACUGGAACUAUUCUGGGGACUUCAACCACAAACCUAGGCCCAACAGAUGAUUCUGGAAUGUAUAAGAUUGAAAGCAAUGGGGUCGCAAAUGGAUUCACUACGGAGGGAUCAACGGAAGUUUCUGACAAGAAGACUGAUUAAAGGAACUUGUUCGUUAGGAGCUUCUCAUUGCUGCACAAUGUGAACUGGUGAUAUUGUUCCUCUUUGAGAUUUGGUGGCCCUUCUACCUGAAACGAAGCAUGAGUUGUUUGUAGCAGAGGGUUUCCUCUGCCACUGAAAUGUGUGAAUUUAGCAGCUUUCUCUUUAAGUUGUUUUAAACUAUUCUUAUUCCUUACUACAUUUUCCUCACUGAAAUUCUCUGCAUCUGUAAUGCAGUUCAGAUGAUAUGGUUAGAUAUCCUAGAUUAAUUUAUUUUUAUCAAUAAAUGAAGCUUUACAUGGUAAAUGUGUCAAAUUCUUAUAGUUGUCUUGUAAUUAAUCUAAAAUCUAUGUAUUUUACAACAGUUCCUGAAACUCAAACUUCAUUGUAGCUCAUUACUCUGCUCUCAGAGCUGCAUGCGAAAGGUUAGGGUUUCAUCCAAUAUAGUUUGAUGGAGUAAUGUGCAAUCUCUUGCUCUAAGAGCUAUAACUUUCCCCAUCCCUGCUAAACAUGUUAUGGAUUGUACUGAGGACACCAGCGUGUUUCUUGGCAAUGCUCUGAAGAAAAUUUAUAAAAGAGAUCUCCACCUGGUAACCAAUAAGCUAGAAUAGGUGCAGUAUUUACAGGAUAUAUUUAGUUUAUUGGACGCAGAAAGCAAGCCCGGAGGAAUGGCAGGGACAUAGCAUGAGAGAAUUACUACUUUGUGCAAGCUGCUGUAGUUAAGAUGGUAGAUGUCAGAAUUGUAAAAUUCAGAAUGAGUCCAGAAAAAUCUGGUUAACCUGCUUGUGUAACUUAACUAAAACAAACUGGCAUUUUAUUAAAACAUUUGUUUCUUAUAAAAA